AUGGAUAGUAGAACAAAGCAAAUUGAGCAAUGGUUGGCAGAGUCUACUGACGAAGAACAAGUUGGAGAGUCAGAUUCUGAGUUGGAGGAGGAUGAAAUAAUACAAAGUGAUCACGACAGUGCUAGUGAAUUUGAGGAAUCUUCGGCACAUUCAAGUGAAUCGUCAGAUAAUGAAGAAGGCGUCCCUGAAGGGCAGUAUAAUAAUUUUUAUUUUACGAGACAUAAUGGCAGAAAUGGGCCCAAACAAAAAUUGUCGAAAUCUCCACCAUCAAGUGCUGUAAAAACAUGA